UAGAGCUCUCAAUAGAGCGAAAAGUCGGUAGAAUUUUGCCUGCAUAUUUCCUGCAGAAAAAACAGUCCACUGGGUUUGGCGUGAGGAAGGAGAUGGAAGGUAGCAGUGGGAAAGGCUACGCCUGGGCAAUCUCAGCUGGUUUCAACGCUGCGUUCGCUGCCGUUUCCGCUAAGCUCUUGUUACCUCCGGUAAUUAGAUACGGUCUGGUCGUAUUUUUCAACGUUAUAAUGUGGGGAUGUUAUGUUAACAGCUUGAAAGCUCUUUCAUCUCUUCAAGCAACAGUUACGAAUUUUGCUACUAAUUUCCUCACUUCUGGGCUUGCCGGCUUCUUCUUGUUCGAGGAACUAUUGUCGUUUAAGUGGUUUGCAGGUGCCAUGUUCAUUGUAAUUGGUGUACUUAUCCUCAGCAAGUCAAGCGUAGAGAAGAGGGAAAAGAAGGAUUAGAGUUGCCAUUAAUGGUUGCUGCAUUUCAACUAUUAUAACUUUUGGAUUCUUUUGGCAUGUCUUUCCAACAACUAAAGAGAUGUUUUCAGUUUUAGCACUUAGCCGAAUCAGUUGGAUUCGCAAUUUUCAUCCUUCUUUUUUUGUGUGCGUCCAUGUGUAUUUGACUCUGUAUAUAAUUAAGCCAGUUACGGGGACAGAUGAACACAGAUUUGGUUGCUUUUAUUUCCAUUGCAGAAUGUUAGUAUGUAAGAUGUUAACCAUGGAUCCCUAACUCCGUCCUAAGUUCCUUGAUGGGUUACCAUAUGGGAUUAUAGAAAACAUUGAUUGUAAGGAAUAAUAGCAGGCAAGUUGAUGCA